AUGGACCAUUGUUGUAAUGGUGGAUGCCAUCCACUUGCCCAAUCUCUUCAAGAAAUGGAGUUUGAAAGAGGGAUCUGGGGUUGUGCUAUAAACAAUCAAAAGGAACGCCUGUUCCGCUUGAUCGAACAGGGUACUGACGUUAAUGCUCAAGAUAAAUAUGGCUUCACUGCACUCCACUACGCUGCUCGGAAUGGGAAUCGAGAGAUAUGUGUUAUGCUACUUAAAUUUGGAGCUGAUAUUUCAGUGCCAACACGAAAUGGCGGAUCGACCCCAUUACACAGGGCAGCUUUCAUGGGCCACCUAGAUAUCGUCAAGCUUAUGUGUUCUUAUGCAGACGUCGAAGUAAUCGGCCUACCAGACGCCGACGGGCAAACUUGCUUGCAUUCGGCAGCCCGCGGAAAACAAAGUUCAACAUUCCAGUGGCUCUUAAAUGAGUAUCCAGAAUUGCUCUCGAUUCGAGACAACUACGGCAAGACUGCGGAUGAGCUGAAGUAG